UGCUAGUGUGACGUAUAAACUAGUGGACGGAACGCUUCUUUCAACAGCAACAACAGUCAGUCAGCCACCUCGGUAGCUUGCUAGCCAAAAUAGACGAACCAAUAAAUCUCUUUAGAGGCUUUCGUAUAGCCACUGUGUUUUAAACCCGUUUCUUUCGUCUAGUUAGUUAUCCGAUUUACUUUCAUAUUUACGGUGUUGUUAUUGGUCAUCUAGCUGGCUGGUUAAGUUAGCAUUAGCCUAGCUAUCUAACAUCCCCGACAAUGAGCUCACCAAGCUACUCUCCUCCUGCUAAAGGAGAGGAGGUCUGCUGGACGGAGAAAGAAGUUCUCGUGAAAGACGAGAAGGAAGAGAAAGAUGUCACACUACUAAAACAAGAAGUAGAGGUUGAGGCUGUUACAGUGAAAGAAGAAGAGAACGACGUUACAGAGAAAGAAGAGGAAGACGCGUUCAGAGUUAAAGAGGAAGAUGUUACAGUAAAAGAAGAAGUGAAAGAGGAGGAGAAUGUCUCAAUACAAAAACAAGUAGAGAGUGAGGCUAUUGCCUUGAAAGAAGACAAAGACGUUUCAGUGAAAGAAGAGGAGGAGGAUGCAGUUUUUGGAGUGAAAGAGGAGGCGGGGGAGAUGACUGUCACAUCGAAAAAGGAGAAGGAAGAAGAGGAGGAAACUGGAUAUCUGGGCCCGGUUUCGCAAACACAUCUUAAGGCAUCCAAUGGUUCUAACGAUGAACUUAGCCGUGAAAUGGUUUUGAGAAACCGUUCCCUGAUUAACACUAGAGAAAGACAUGACAAUCGUGGAUCCUCUGGGGAGCCUCAUCUACAUCAUGAAGCUGACGAGGCAGAGAAGAGUCUCUCCAGAUCAGAACACCUCAGGAAACACCAGCGGAAACCCACAGGGAAGAAAUCUCACCACUGCUCUGACUGUGGGAAGAGUUACUCAAGAUCAGAUUCACUAAAAGCACACCAGAGAAUUCACACAGGGAAGAAGUCUCACCACUGCUCUGACUGUGGGAAGAGAUACUCAAGAUCAGAUACACUAAAAGUACACCAGAGAAAACACAUUGGAGAGAAACCUCACUGCUGCUCUGGUUGUGGGAAGAGUUGCACCUCUUUAGCAACCCUAAAAAUACAUCAGAGAAUCCAUAGAAGAGAAAAACCUUAUAGCUGCUCUGACUGUGGGAAGUGUUUUGUUUUGUCAGGACAUUUAAAAUCACACCAGAGAAUACACACGGGAGAGAAACCUUAUAGCUGUGAUCUAUGUGGGAGGAGUUUUAGGCACUUAAGCAGCCUGAUAGUACACCAGAGAAUACACACAGGAGAGAAACCUUACCAAUGCUCUGACUGCGGGAACAGUUUUGUUUCGUCAGGACUUUUAAAAUCACACCAGAGAACACACACAGGAGAGAAGCCUCAUAGCUGUGAUCAAUGUGACAAGAGAUACUCUGAUAAAAGAUCUCUGGUUAAACAUCAGACAAUUCAUACAUGAAGGUUGUUGUUCAAUGUGGGAAGAGUUUUACUGAAUCUAGAAAGCUGACUUUGCACCAGAGAAAACACAGGAAAUAAAUUUUACCACUUGCUCUGACUGUGGAAAGAGUUUUCUUUGAUCAGGAUUUUUUUUUAAAAUCAUACCAGAGAACACACACAGGAGAGAAAUAUCAUAGCUGUGAUCAAUGUGACAAGAGAUACGUUAUAUCAAUGAAAUGAUGUCACAAUGUAAUAGGAGUAGGAUAAUGAUGUCACAAUGUAAUAGGAGUAGGAUAAUGAUGUCAUAAUGAAGGAACCCUGCAUGUUUGCCUUGUUCUAUUGAUUUCAGCUAUGGAUUGAAAUGAAAGAGUACUGUUUAUGUGAUUAACAAAAAGUGACUGACAAAAAGUGUUGCGUUAUGAAAAGACUACGUUGUAGUUGAAAGUUGAAAAGAUUUCGUUUUUUUCAAUGACUUGAAAACGACUUAAUUUCAACGUACUUGCAGCCUAUACACAUGGACGCAGUAUAAUAAAUAUAAUCAAUUUUUAUUAACAAUCUGACAUCACUCCAGUAUUUCUUGACAACAUUCAAGUGCUAAUUGUCUUUAUUCCACUACUGAAGAAGCAUGACUCAAAUCACCUCAUAUUUCAAACAUCCAGCCUGACAAAAAAUACAUGUUUUAUUAUUCCAUGCCUCACCAUUAAGUGAAUUAUUGCCAAUACAUAUUAACAAAGGGGUGUAUAUUCGGUUUUUAUAUUUUAUAUUUCAUAAUAUUUCAAUGUAAUGUAACAUUUAGUAAUCACAAUAAUUUAUGCGACUAACUGAAUUAUAUUGUUUACUAACAAUGUAGUAAAAGAAGUUCAUAUUUUGUGUUGGAUAUUACAUCCUAUUCUUACUAUUUUAAUCAAUGUCAUUUCCUUAGAAUGCUCAUUAGUCUUUCAGUUUUUAUUUAUUAUUCUUUAGUUUGUUUAUUUAUUUAUUUUUUCCUCCUAUGUUUGUUGUGUAGUAAAUAUUUCUGUUUUUAUUUUCAUCUGUUUUUAUUAGUUUUUUCCUGUGAAGCCCAUUGUGUUGCAUCCAUGUCUGAAAUGUGCUGUAUAAAUAAAGCUUGGUUUGAUUUGAAUAUAUUACAAAACAAAUUAACCCAAUUGCCGACUUUAA